AUGAAUACAAAUCAAAUCGACAAUCAUUAUUGUAUAAAAAUUGAAACUGAUGAAGAUUUUAAAUUGAUAAAUACUACGACAAAAGAAGAUCCUAUUAUUGCUGAAGAUCGUCGUUUGCGUGAUAAUGAAAUAACAGAAAAGUUUGGUGAAUAUUUACAUAAAGGCUAUUGUAUGGCAAACGAUGCUUGUCCAGUUUGUAAUUGUAUCCUUCUUCGUACACCUGAAGAUCAAUUAUUUUGUGUUGGUUGCAAUGAAAUCAAUAUGGAAAAUAAAAAAAUUUGUGAUCAAAAGAAAAUUGUAACAAAAAAUAAGACAACAGAUCAUGUAAAACGUUUGGAAAAAGAAAAAAAGGAGAAAGAACAUGUUGAAAAUAUAGAUAAUUAUAAUCAACUUGAAAAUAAAAUUCAAUGGGCUGUUGAUAAAUUAAUGAAAAUUCAGAAGCCAGAUCGUAUUAAAGAAAUGUGUACGGUCAUUAUGAAUUUAACAAAAACAAUAGAAGUACUGAAGAAACAUGAAACGACAUAUGCACAAGACUAA